AUUUGGUCACAUGACCUUCGUUAUCACGCUCAUAGCCUUUCCUACCAACAUAAGAGAAAAUAGUAGCUAGGAGUGUAAAUAAUCCCCACCGGGGGAAACGUCACAAAUAAAUGAAAAAGAAAAGCCCAAGCGUCCUCUUUUCUCUAUGGAAGAGUCUCCUGUCCAGUUGUGACAACUGAUCGGAGGGCUGUCCCGAUGCAAGUGGACAUGCAUCCCUUCGGCCGUGAGGCUGAGACGUUUCUUCAGGACCUGUUUGAGUACUUCAAGAGGUGCCUGCGGUACGGAGAGUGGGAGUUGGCCAAUGCCUGUGUCCCACAGCUGGUCAGAUCAACAGGAGGACUUUCAGAAAAACUACGAAACAUAAUCAAAGCUAUCAUUUUCCAUCCUUACAAGUUACAAUGGGAGUCGGUGGGCAGUCCACACAAACUGGCCUGGUUCUGGCUUCAGGUUUUGGAGAAAUGGACAGAAGAGCAGGUCCCUCUCGACGUCAGAAGAGAACUUGAGUUCCUCCUCCUCCUGGAGGAGUUGGGCUCAGAGAGCAUAGCAGACAACGUGCUGAAGGAGUUACACCAGGCCUUCUUGGAAACGCAGUCGACUGAGGGUUCACGGAGAACCGAUCCUGCUGUUGAGUCUUGCCUACGAACCCUAUUGGAGAAAAAGAAGCCCAGACUGGCCCAGACUUUAACACAUUUCUUACAGGACGAGUCGUGCACAGAGGACCACACGCUGGAGCACACAUUCAUUCAACACCUAAUUAAGGCACUGGCCAAACCAGAGAGAACGCCGGAGAAGGUGGAGGAGUGGGUGGAGGAGAUCUACGCCGUGUUGUCUGUGAUGCCAUGGAGCUCUGGAAGGAGCGACGGGCAGCUGGAGGCGCUGUGUGAGGCGCUGUGGGCCGCCAGAAACAAGCCCCUGAAGGAGGAGAGGAUCCUGAGCUCGCUGCUCCGGCCCCGCUGCGAUGCCCUCGUCACUGUUUACUGCUCCGCCGCUCUGAGGCUUCAGAGGGAUCAUCUCCUGAGGAGCGCGCCUGAUACACAAGUGGACCUUCCUGAAGCAGAGAAGUUGGCUCUCAGUUUAUGUUGCCACAAGGAUCGUCCGUCAAUCUGGAAGACCAUUUAUUUUGAGUGCCUUAGCAGUGGAAAGCACUUCCUUGAGCAGGUCCUGGUCACCGCGCUUGACCUGAUUAAACACGAGGAGUUUUCUCAGCUGAAAGACUUGGUGAGGUUGGAGUUCCAGCCUUUAUCUCGUCUGCUGUUGCUCCUCCGAUGGACCGAAUGUCGCAGUCUGAGCUCGGCCCAAAUGCUGCUCAGCAUCCUUCACCAACACCAGCCACCAGCCAACGACUCCGUCCUGCAGGAGUUUUCUGAUCUUCUGUCCUCUCAACUUGGAAUACUUGAGUGGUGUAAAAACAACAAUCCAGAGAUUUCUAUGGACGCAUUGCUGGCACAGCUGCACACUCUGGACAACCACUCCGCUCUGUAUAUUCUGCAUUCUCUGACUCCUCUGGCUCAGUUUGAGGAGCACAAGAUACUCGCCCUGCUGCAGCAACUGCCAAAUCCAGCAGGAACAGAAGAUGCUGAGGUCAGCUCUGGUGUGCAGAGGAACAUAGUUUUGUUCCAGGGCUUCUGUGCCAUAAAGUAUGCCGUCUAUGCGCUUUGUGUGAAUGCACACAAAUACUCAAAGUGCACAGAGUGUGAGCCGAUGAAGCAACAGCAACACCUGCCCUCUGAAGCAGACAUGGAAAAAAACACGACAUCCUCAGAAGGUUGCCAUUUGGCGUUCCAGCACUACCUGUCAGAGUGUCAGCUCUAUCUGGAGGCCGUUCCUGCCAUGUUCCGCCUGGAGCUUCUGGAGGACAUCUUCUCCCUCCUCUUCCUGUCCACCGCUGACUUUUCCCUGCAGAUUCCAAAAGAAGAAGAACUUUUACUAGAUGCAAGAAAUACAAGCGAAGGUUCGGGAACCGAAGCGCAGACGGAUGAGACGGAGUAUUGCAGGAAAGAGAACUGGAAGCUGCGCUCAAGUUCACCAUCGGCAGCCCACCCGAGUCACCUAGAGCUGGGCCACUUUAUCCGGGGCUGCAGGGGGUUUCUGUCCGACGUAACGGCCAUGAUGGGUUUCCUGAAGCUGUUGAAAGAAGGGUUGGAGGGCAUGCGUGUGCUGGGCCACGAGGGCCAGGAGGCGGGAAGAGCGCUUCUUCGUGAGGCCGAGGCGGCGGGGAACCUUGGCUGCUCGGUGACGGCGGAGACGUUCGGGCCCCGUCUGCAAAGGUUGUCCAAACGGACCGCAGAGGCUCAGUGGAGGCUGCAGAUCAUCACCAGCAAUCAGAGCAGUGGAAGUGCUUCAGAGAAUCCUCCCCGGAUGACAGCGGUCAGCUCUCCCGUCACUACUCUAGGACGGAGCAAGAGCUCGAGCCUGAGAAGAAGGAAGAGACCAGGGAGACAUGCUGCAGAGAGACAAACCUCAGUGGAGAAACACAGUGGAGAAGUUAGCACGAGUGCAUCAGAUGGUGGAGGAGGGACGGGUUGUGUGGAAUUGGAGGUCUGUCCAUGCGGAGGUCCACACACCUGGCUCGUCCCCGCCAUGUUGUCCCCUCCAGAGUCCUUACUCAUGUCCUGUGUCCGCCAAGGAAACUUUAUGGAGGCUCACCAGGUGUCUCUGGUGUUCGACCUGCAGUUGUCCGCCUCUUUUGGUGAGCUGGUGUUCAUGGAGCGCUACAAAGAAGUGCUGGUGGAGCUGGGACGGGUGGAGCAGAAGAUGCAGAGCCAGUCGAGGACUUCGUCCUCGUCCUCCUCAGAGGGUUUGGCUCCGGCUGCUGUGCCGGUGGCAGGAAGGAGUCGGCUGGGCAGCAGCGGGCUGUCAACGCUGCAGGCCAUCGGCAGCGCGGCUGCUGCAGGUGUGGCUUUCUACUCCAUCUCAGACAUAGCCGACCGUCUCCUCAGCACCCCUUCUCACCCGAUGCCAUCACUGGAGGACGGCUACUGGCUGAGCCGCUGCACCUCGGACCCCCCCGGCCUCCUCCACACGCUGCUGCAGGAGCUCAGCCCUGCAGCCAUGGCUGCCUUCGACCUGGCCUGCUGCCACUGUCAGCUCUGGAAGACGUCCCGACAGCUGCUGGACACGGCGGAGCGCAGACUCGGCAGCAGCCUGGAGGCUCGAGGAGUAAGAGUUGACCCUAAGGUCCCCCAUUCCGAGGGGAUCUGUGGUUUCCCUAUGAUCUUACAGCAGAUCAGCAAGAUCCUGAAUCAUUCUUCCACCAAGAGCUCUGUCAAAACGGAAGCUGUUGGUGACGACCAAGCGCCCAUCAGCCCUUUCCAACAGCCAUUUGGUUGCUGCAUCCAGGAAGUGCUCCUGUGUUGCUACCCAACCCUCAGCGAAGAGUCCAUCGCUGCUCGGCUCGGUCUAUGUCAACGUCUGGAGGCCACUCUGCACGUAUUAAGCACCGCGACGGACGCCACAGAGGGCGGCGUGGGCAGCGUUCUGCUGGCACAAUUGGUCGAACAGGCCAGUCUGAAGCAGUCGGAGCUGGAGACCCACCCCGUGCGCUCCAGCAUGAAGCAGCUGCUUCGUUCUCUGGAUCAGCUCUGCCCCUUCGAGCCAGACGGAGAACUCGCCAGACCCGAUUACGCGCGCAGUUUCCUCGACUACGUCAACACACUGGCGUCCGUGUUAGUGCGCAGCCUCGGUUCAGAAGAUCAGAGUGGUGACGUGAAGCUCGGCAAUCCACUGCUGGUGUUGCUUCAAGCCCCAUUUCAGCUCCUCUCCUACUUGCUGUUUGACAGACAGGUGUCUCCUGACAGGGUGCUGUCGCUGCUGCAGCAGGAAGGUCUGCGGCUGAGCGUCCAGCAGGUGAUCGUCCAGCGAUGCUGUGAGACUCUGCCUGUGUGGAUUUCCUGUCCCGCUGACGACAGCGACUCCAAUGAGGCCAAGAACGAUGGCGGAGUGUUCGCUGUGGCCAGUUUGUCCGCCCUGCUCCAGCAGCACGCUCAGGAGCACGUGUCAACUCUGGGAAUCACAGAGCCUCGGCCCGAGUUGAGCUCGGAGUCUGAGGACUCGGCCGAGGACAACUCCCAAUCCCCCACCAUCCUCUCCACCUCGCCUCCAUCUCAUUCAGCUUCCUCUCCUCCUUCCACCAGCUCUUUCCUCCUCACACCGUCAGCCGUGUCUUUCCUCAAGUCUCGCUCCCCUUUACUGGCCACACUGGCGUGUCUGAGUGCCUGCAAAGGAGAAAUCGCCCGGUCACAAACCUCUGGAUGGUCCGGCUAUUUCCGUAGCAGCCGUAGAGAAGUUUCCCUGGACGGAGAGCAGAUUUCCCGUGAGGCAGACAACCUCCUGAAGGAGUUCCCUAUUCUCCGGGCCUACCUGCACACCAUGGCGGAGCCGUUGCUGGGCGCCCUGUCAGGUGAGGGCGACGAGGCUUCUGUCGGACUCGGGGCGGUCGUUUGCGGGAAACGCCUCGUCCGCCUCCUGCUGUCUGGGCCUCAGGAUGAAGUGGCCCAGGCCGUGGCUGCUGAGGCCUUUCAGAAGGCUCUGUCCUCCGGAGACCUGAGCCGAGCCCUCGCCCUGCUGGAGCUGUACGGGCAAGGCUGCAGCCAGGAGGGGGAUCUAAGAGACCGCCUGCUUGCCUGUGCUGCCUUGGAAGAUGGAGAUGACGGUAUCGGUCAGCUGUUCCGCGUCCAGGACGCUAACCUCCGCGCGCGUGUCGCCCUCCAGGCUCUAGAGCGGUGGCCUCUGUCCGCCUGCCUGGAGCUGCUCGAGUUCUGCCUCAGUGAGCCGAGCACGGACGCCUCGCUGAGGACGGACUUGGAACUCAAGAAGAAAGAACUUGACAUCUAUCACCGGAUGCUGAAUUUGCAGCCUCCGUUCCCUUGGGCUACUUGGCAGGAGCUGAGGACGGAGUCUAAGACAAACUCUGAGGCCAUGUUAUGUAGGAUGGUGGAGGCAAAAGAGUUUGCUCUGUGUGUGCAGUGGGUUGAACUGUAUCCUGUAUCCAACCGGCUCAGGCUGAAGCUACAGACUGAGCAGUUGCUGUAUCUGCUGGAGCAGGGACAGACAGACGAGGCUUUCCAGUUGCUGGAGGGCCUCUCUGACUGUGGGGUCGGCCUAGACGUUUGUGAGCGCGCUCUGGACCGCCGCCCUGGAUUGGCUGCCUGUCACUUCCUGGCUGACUACCUCACUCUGCAUUUCCAGAGCCAGGUGUCUCCGGCACGUCGUCGUCACAUCCACGCCCUCCAUCUGGGCUCAAAGGUGUUGCUGACUUUGCCCCCAGCGGCCAGGCAGGAGUACUUCCCGCUGCUGUCGGAGCCCCUGCUGAUGCUGGAGCAGCUGUUGAUGAACCUGAAGGUGGACUGGGCCGACGUGGCGGUGCGAACCCUGCGCAGCCUCCUGGUCGGUCAGGAGGCCGGCUUCGCGGCCGAGGACAUCGAUAAGCUUUUGGCGGACUACGCCUGCAAGGCCCUCGACUUCCCCUGCGCCCCAAGGGAGAUGUCUCGAUCAGACUCUGUAAUCAGCCUCCAGGAUUUGCUGACGGCUGCUCAAGACAGCUGCCCCAUGUCUCCCUGUCGGAACGAAUCUCCAGCAACCUCAGCAGGCAGCACCCCGACACACACCUCCUCGUCAAACAGCGCGGACAGAGAGAACGAUCGGAGCUCCGCUGGGAAAAGGCGGCGCUCAUCUGCCAAGUUCCAGCCUCCGGACCGGCCCCCGGCCCGCAAAGACUGGGUCCCUGACACCAAGCAGGACGUGUGCAUGAUCUGCAGGCGGGAGAGGUUCACCAUGUUCAACAGGCGGCAUCAUUGUCGGAGAUGUGGCCGUCUGGUUUGUCAAUCAUGUUCAGAGCAUAAGAUGUCUGUCGAGGGCUGCCCAGGAGAUGAAGAAGUCCGGGUCUGUAACGAGUGUUACGCCUACUUUCACCCAGAUUCUGACGAUGAGCAGGAACCAUCUGAAGCAACUGGAAGCACCGUGGUCACAGAGGAAGCUCUCGACGGGAUGCUGCAUCUGCCUGAAGUGGUCCAACGACAGAUCCGACUCAGCCCAAACCAUACAGAGAACCAGCUGCUGCGGACCGAAUUCUACUAUGAGCAGGCUCCCAGUGCGUACCUCUGCGUGGCCAUCCUGUCUCUUCACGAUGAUCAGACGGCUUGUGGUCAUCGACUCAUCGUCCACUGCCGAUCGCUGUCUCGUAAGCUGACCAACCCAGAGGUGGACGCCUGCCUCCUCACCGACAUCAUGCGGCAGCUGCUCUUCAGUGCCAAGAUGAUGUUUGUUAAGGUUGGCCGCAGCCAUGAGCUCGCCUUAUGUGACAGUUACAUCAGCAAAGUAGACGUGCUCAAGAUCCUAGUGACGGCCAAUUACAAAUACAUCCCUUCUCUGGACGACAUUCUGGAGAGCUCUGCUGUCACGCGUCUCCGUAACCAGCUGCUGGAAGGAGAGCACUACCAGCUGGCAGUGGAGGUGUCUACCAAGAGUGGCCUGGACCCUUGCGGCGUGUGGCAAGCCUGGGGGAUGGCAUCCCUCAAAGCAGGGGACCUCUCUGGAGCGAGGGAGAAGUUUGCCCGCUUUCUGAAGCCUCCAUUGGAUCGCAACCAGCUCAACCUGGGCCCCCUUCUGCUGCAGGAGGUUGUGCAGCACCUGGAGACCACAGUGCAACCCGGUGUGGCCACGUCUUCUGGUGAGGACGUCUUGGCGUCCCUGCGGGAGCUGGAGGAGGCCCUGAGCGAAGCCGGUCCUGUGGAUCGGCCAGAGGGUCAGACGCUGCGAAGCAGCCUCCACCAGGAGUGUCUCUACUACCUGAACACGUAUGGCACUCACAUGGCACUAAUCUGCUUCUACAUGCGUCACGACUGCACAACCGAGGCUCUGACAUACCUGCUCAACAAGGAGUGCCCGGACGAGGUCUUUCUGGAGGCCGUGUUGCAGCCCAGUCUGGAGCGGGGGCGUCUGGGGAUGCUGCAGGGCAUACUGGAAAAACUUGACCCUGGCCUGGAAACAAGCAGUCGCUACCUCAUCGCCUCCUGCCAGUUCCUGCAGCGGCGGGGUUACUACAACACGCUGUACCAGCUGCAGCAGUUCAUGAUGGAUCAGGUGCGGGCAGCUAUGACCUGUAUCAGAUUCUUCACUCACGGAGCCAGUUCCUACCUACAACUGGGAGAACAUAACCGCUGGUUAGUCCGAGCCAAAGAACACCUGAGGACGUACCUGCAGGAGCAGCAAGGGCGGGGAGCUGGGAAGAGAAGAGCUCCGGUCAACUCAUUUAGGAAGAUGAUGUCAUCCACUGAUGUGUCCAGGCAUAUGAACACGAUUGAGCUGCAGCUGGAGGUGACUCGUUUCCUCCAACGCUGUGAGGCCGCGUCCUCCUCCAAGGCGACACAGAACAGUACCUCCACCUCUGGGUCCAGUGCACCACCUACACUGUUCGGAGGAAGCCCCAUGAAAGUUGAGGUUGCCUGCAAGGUGAUGCUUGGAGGAAAAAACAUAGAAGAAGGUUUUGGCAUUGCAUACAGAGUGAUACAGGACUUCCAGCUGGAGGCGCAGGCGGUGUACGUGCGGGCCGGCCAGAGGCUCAUCCGCCAGAGGCAGUACGGAGCCGUACGGCAGCUGCUCAAAUGUGUCGGUGAAUCGGGCACCGCCACCAAGAACGACUGCGACGCCCUCAUCCUCAGCUGUGUUGCCAUCGCAGACAAGGGACCAGCUGAUGCCAAGGAACUGGAAGGUCUCAUUCUGGAGGUUAAGAGCACGGAGAGCAAGAUCAAAGCCUACCUGUUGUGCGGUAAACUGAGACCGGCGUACCUGCUGGCGGUGAAGCUGGAGCCGAGUCGAGCCGGCCCGCUGGUCCAGGACGUCCUGCAGGCCGCCGACGGAGCACAGGACUCCGUGAUGCAAAACAUCUGUGCCCAGUGGCUGUCCGAACACGACGGCAAGGCCUCGCAGCAGCGCCAGGGCCGACCCAAUGCCAGGUAAUGGCACGACAAGGGAUUACGCAAACACCACCUGAAAGCCAUCGAGCCCCAAAUACGAGGAUCCAGGGCUUGCAGCGUUACACAGACGUGUGGGGGGGGAUUAGUACUUCCACAUGGACCGAACCGGAGAGCAGCUGUUGCACACGUUACAUGUUCCGUGGUUACUCUAAUGAUUGAUUUGACUAGCAAGGCCCACGGGGGGCCAAAAGGAGUUUGGUGUCUGUCCUCAAAUGUAUUUUCCCAAACCUUUUAAAUUGUCACCUUGCUGCAGUUAUGUACAGGUGUACUCGCUGAACCUGUGACGCAGCUUUUAGGGGCGGUGAUGUAUCAUUGACACAGUGGAAACUUCUAGAAACCCUGAUGGUCGCAGCCUUCUUGUCCGUAGUGCUGACAAAUCACCACUGUGCUUUAUUUCCAUCACAGGAAGGUUUUGCUUUACAUUUUUUUGAGAAGGAGCAAAUGUUACUUGACCAGAGUGACAACAACUAUUGCGAGCUGCAAUGAGAGCCGAUACAGUUGCGCUGACACAAUAUGAAUUCAUUUACAACUCAGUAUUGGACUAAGAUUAAUCUCCUACCUCAAACAAAAGGGAAAAUAUCUUUAACUGACUGGCCUCCGAUAAAUGUGGUGCCUGUCUUUUUGUUUGUUUGUUUACAUGUACUUACUGUUUGAAUGUGUGAAUUUAGAUGUAAAUGUCCUCCUUAAGGUUGAACCUUGAGUUGAAAUCCCAAUGAACCUGUUUACCUGAUAGUGUGUAGCACAUUUUGAGGCCAGCAUAUAUCUGCUAUUGUUAAAGGGGAAUUGACAUCAAACUGAAUUUGAGGUCUUAUAGGGCAUUUAAAAUGACUGAGAAAGUUUUAGGUUGGAUACAGAAAUCAAGCCGCUUAUGGAUUAUAGAUGCAGUUCAUUUUGAUUCAGAAUAUCAACAGAUUAGUUUUGCAUCUGUAAUUAUGCUUUCACGUCUCAUCUUGUGUCUCCUGUAUUGGAAAUCAUUUCCUAGAGUGGUGCCAUUUUUAAACCAUGCUUUGUUGUUGUGGGAGAUCACUGCACAAUAAUUAACUCACAGAGAUAAUCAAUCAAAUAAUGUUUUAAAAGGGAUUGAACCUUUGCCAUAUUUUUCUUUUGAUGUUUAGUUAAGAUUUUGCAUGUUGUCUUCUGUAAGGAACACCCUGGCCAGUGCAAAUGCAUCGCCUUCUUUUAUUUCAUUUACGUUACAAUCACCUAUGUUGCUGAAGCGGCCUUUUCAAAUGUACAACUCUGGAUAAGACGUGUCGUCUUUAUUUACAGCAGAUAUUGUGUCCCUUCAUCUUGCUUCCCUCUGCCGAACUCAGACUGACGGAUCUUUUUAUUAAUUUGUGUCAGCAAGAGAUGAAAAGUCAGUGUUGACAUUCUUGCACUCUAAUCCUCCUUAACUUCCACUGUUGUUUCACUGCCGCACUUUAUACUUAAUAAACCUUUUGGUAAAUUGUGAAAUACAGUAAUUGCUGUUAGGAUACAGGGACUAAUCAUUUUCAAAUGUAAUUAACUUAUCUAUCCCCUGUAAAAUUAAAUAAUAAAAACUAUGUAAAAUAAUUGAAUAUUCUUGAAAUGAAACUUUUUCAUACUUAUUUACUUGCCAUUAGUUUGUGAGCUACACUGAUGCUCAAUAAGAAGCUAAUGCUGGCUACAGGUUAAAUUAGCUUAAAUUAAAAGCUGGGAACAAGAUUUUGUUCAGUGCGGACCGAGACCAACUGGCUGGUUCGAUGCUAAGCUAAGUUAGCAUUGGCUUCAUAAACGUGUAGCGUACGCACAUGAAGGUGGUGUACUGCUCUCCACGAGGAAAUAAAGAAGCACAUUUCCCAAAA